AUGGAUGCCCAAUUCAACGAAGAAUGUACUGAGUACUAUCAUGGUGGCCUGAAGUCUAUAUUGGGACCACAGCUUCAUGGUAAGCACCUCGCCACUACUAUUAAUCUCUUACACACAUAUAUAUAUAUUGUUCUGCCAUUAUCUUUCCUAUUAACUCUGCUAAAAAAAAAACUGGCAUUAUCACGUACUAGAAUGCCUAAACAGAGCAUCAGCAAGUCCAUGACCCGCAUUAGGGUUCGGUCACCCAAUCUUCGCCGGAAACCCACAUUGGAUUCCGGUGAUAAUGAUCAAAAGUUGGAGUUUUUAGGCAAUGGCAUGGAGAACUUUGGUGGUGAGAAUGGCAAUAAGGUUAUGGUUGUGGUAGAUUCAAGCCUUGAAGCCAAAGGAGCUCUUGAAUGGGCUUUGUCUCAUACUGUUCAAAGCCGAGAUACAAUUGUUCUCCUUUACGUUAGCAGGCCAUCCAACAGAGGAACUGAUAGCAAUUCGAAGGUUAAUUUAAGGGCACAUGAACUUCUUCACGCCAUGAAAAAUGUCUGCCAGAGGAGAAGGCCUGGGGUGCAAGUAGAGGUUGCCGUACGAGAAGGGAAAGAAAAGGGUGCAGUGGUAGUGGAAGAAGCGAAGCAGCAAAAGGUGUCUCUGCUAGUCUUAGGACACAGAAAAGGGUCGAUCAUGUGGCGGCUAAUGAAGCGAUGGGCAGGGAGGAAGAAUGGUGGCGGAUCAGCUGUGGAUUAUUGCAUCCAAAACUCUCCUUGCAUGGCUAUUGCUGUCAGGAGGAAAGGCAAAAAGCUUGGAGGUUAUUUGAUCACCACCAAACGACAUAAGAAUUUUUGGCUUUUGGCUUAGUAUAUGCUUUUUAUACAUGUUUAUGAUUAAUUGAUUAUGAAAAAAGAAAAAUGUAAUCAUGGUUGCAAAUGCCACCUUUAAUGUUUCUAGAAUGGAGUUGAAGUUAUGCCUCUA